AUGUCAGCAUUCAAGGACGCCACUACCGUGCCGUAUACCGAAGCGCAAGUCCUUGCACUCGUCGCUGAAUUACGCGCCCAGAACGCGGCUCUCCUGGAGGAACCAGCUGCCAAGGACAGCGAGCACGCGAAGCUGCAAGAGCAGAACACGAAGCUUAAAGAGGAGAAUGUGAAGCUUCAAGAGAAGAAUGUGAAGUUGAAGGAAGAGAAAGUCAAGCUGCAAGAGGACAUCGAGAUCCUCGAAGACUCCUGCGCCGUCUUCGAGAACGACAUCAAUGUUGCCGACAGCGAGCAGCAACACGCAGUGAACGACGUUGAAAUCAAGAUGGAGUAUGAUCAGAAGAUAUACGUCGCGCGCCUUAGAGACAGCUACGAGCGCAAGAUCGCCCACCUGAAGGCAGAAAAGUCUCAGCUCGGCAAAGAAGUAGCCAAGUUGAAGGUGCAGUGCAAGCAGCAGAUGGACGCUCUCGAGAAUGGCAUGGCCGCCAUGCACAUCAGACAAGAUUCAGAGGUUGCUUCCCAGGAGGAGACAAAGAAAGAUGGUGAAGAGGAAGGUGGAUUGUGA